AUGGCAACAAUGACCGUUAGUAACUCGAGGGAUUAUUUGCUUCCUAACUUGAUAGGGGCUAGAUCUUGUAUAAGACCACCUGCCAUCGAUGCCAACAAUUUUGAAAUCAAUCCAGCCAUACUGCAGAUGGUCCAAUCUUCAGUCCAGUUUGCGGGACUGCCAUCAGAAGACCCAAACAUGCACCUCGCCAACUUCGAAGAGCUGUGUCAGACAUUCAAGGUGAAUGGAGUUAGCGAUGACGCCAUUAGGUUAAGGUUGUUCCCAUUCUCACUAAGGGAGCGAGCCAAAAGUUGGUUAGUUUCUUUACCAACUCACUCAAUCAACACUUGGGAGGAAUUGGCCCUGAAAUUCCUGUCCAAAUUCUUUCCUCCUGCGAAGAUUGCCAAGCUGAGAGCUGACAUCAACAACUUCACCCAACAUGACGACGAAUCUCUUUAUGAAGCCUGGGAGAGAUUCAACGACUUAUUGAGGAAGUGCCCAAACCAUGGGAUUGAAAAGUGGUUACAAGUGCAUAACUUCUAUACUGGAUUACUGAACAACACCCGAACACUGAUAGAUGUUGCCGCUGGUGGAGCUUUCAUGAGGAAAAGUGCUAAUGAGGCCUUUGAAUUACUUGAAGAAAUGGCCAUAACUAAUCAACAAUGGUCAAUAGAGAAAGGCCCAACUAAAAAGGUUGCAGGUAUGCAAGAAGUUGAUGCAAUAACCAAGUUGACAGCCAGUGGAGGCAUUAACAAAGUUGCCCACGCCAUUGGAAACUAUCAGAAUAAUUAUGGUCGUCAGCAGAACUUCCAGAAGCAGUUUUCUAAUCAGCAACAACAAGGGUUUUAUCCUCAGCAAAGCCAACAUCAACAACAACAGGACUCUAGUGUAGGGUCUAAUCCUCAAUUAGACAUGUUGCUACAAUUCAUGACAGAGAUUAAGUCAUCCAUUAAGGUCUUGGAAAACAAAGUGGAGCAGUUGGCUUCUCAAAACACUAACAGGACUCAAGGUAACUUGCCUAGCACUACUGAAGUCCAUCCAAAGGAGAAUUGUAAUGCAAUUACCUUGAGAAGUGGUAAGACCUAUGAUGGGCCAAACAAAAACAAGCCAAAGGAGGAAGAUGAUGUAGAGACAACACCUACACCAGAGAAAGAGAAGACUACUGAUGGGCUUCCACAAAAAGAAACACCACCUCCAAUCAGCAUUGACCAUCACAUCAAAAUUCCUUAUCCUCAAAGACUUCACAAAAACAAGAUGGAUAAGCAGUUUUUGAAAUUCCUAGAAAUAUUCAAGAAACUGCAUAUCAACAUCCCAUUCAUAGAGGCUUUGGAACAGAUGCCAACUUAUCUGAAGUUCAUGAAAGAUAUCCUAUCUAAGAAAAGAAAGUUGGAAUAA